AUGUUCACGAUUAAAAGCAACGAAGUGCUUAAAAUUUCGAGUGGGAUUGAAGUUGGAGGGGGCGUUGUUUGGCGGCUGGCCCUAUGCUUGCUCUUUUGCUGGGUCGUCGUCUACCUCGUUCUCAUCAAGGGCAUCCAAUCUCUUGGAAAAGUUUCAUACUUCUCCACCAUCUUCCCUUACGUCCUACUGACCAUCAUGCUGAUCAGAGGAGUUACAUUAGAUGGGGCCAGGGAAGGAGUUCUCUACUACAUCAAACCUGAUUUUAAGAAACUGGCCGUGGCCAGUACUUGGAGUGAUGCGGCCACACAGAUCUUUUACUCACUGACCAUUUGCACUGGCUGCAUGACCACGAUGGCGAGCUUCAACCCCUUCCAUAAUAAUAUUCUCAGAGAUGCCAUCCUGGUGCCUAUAAUAAACUGCCUGACGAGUUUCUACGGCGGCUUUGCCAUUUUUUCAAUUCUUGGCUACAUGUCCAAGCAGAAGGGAGUUCCAAUCGAUCAAGUGGCCGAUCAGGGAGCGGGUUUGAUAUUCGUUGUGUACCCCGAAGCACUGUCAAAGAUGCCCAUAGCCCCACUGUGGUCCUUCUCUUCAACGGAAGUCACACUUUCAGCCAUCAUCGAUGAAUUCCCAGUCUUACGGCGGACCCGAUGGCACGACAUGGCAUCGCGGGCCGUGGCCUGUUUUGCUUUCUACCUGUUCGGUCUUAUCUUGGUCACCAAUGGUGGAUUUUAUUACUUGAACCUGGUUGACUUCUACCUUGGCGGAGUACCCCUUCUCAUAGCUGGCCUGCUGGAGUUUGUGGCCGUCAUUUAUAUCUACGGUUAUUCAAACUUUGCUAUGGACAUCAAGAUGAUGCUGGGUAGGAAGGUUCCUAUGUUUUUCACCAUAGCCUGGUAUUUCAUCUCUCCGGCUCUCCUCCUGAUAGUGACCGUAGCAGCUUUCGUCCAGAUGGAUGUCCCAGUUCUGAUGAAUCGACCUCUCCCUUUCUGGGCAGUUGUGGUGGGGUGGAUGUUUGUCUUGCUCACUUUGAUUUCAAUUCCAGUUUGGUUCCUCUACUACUACGCUAGGAGCGGUGGAUGGCAGUUGUUGAAAAAUCUCUCCCACUCAACUGACUCGUGGGGACCUGCGGAUGAUGAGAACAGAACCGGAAGGUAUGCUCGUCGUCGUCUGGCGUCGGUAAGACCUACUGAGACUAUGCUGCAAGGAAACAGCAACAUCGGUUGCAGCAACAUCGGUUGCAACAACAUCGAUUGUAGCAACAUUGAUUGCAACAACACUGAUUGCAACGACAUUGAAUGCAACUCAAGGGAAAUUAUAACGUCGUACGUUAUUAAUCAGGGAUCGGGCAGUGCUGAGCUAAUGUCCGUCAAAGACCGUCAAGUCGCGUAUACUUCUAGUAACCAAGUUUCGGAUUCUAACAUCCAUGUCUCGGAAAUUGUUAACAAAAUGUCUGAUAUCAACCGACGAGAAUCGGAUAGAAACGAACAUGCAUUUAGAUCCAACAGCGAAAAAUCGGACGAUGAUCGUCAAGUAUCGGAUAAUGGCAAUGAAGUAUCGGAUACCGGCAACCGAACGAUAGUAAGUGACCACCGACAGCAACAUUGUGCAUCACCUGACGGUUACAACAACGAAGGGUUUGAAAAGUUUUGA